CCAGCUUUAUGGUAGUUACUUGGUACGCUCUCUCCCUCUUCCUCUUUCUAUGGUUUUUCAGGUCCUCCUCGGGACACACGUGUAGAGAUGUCUUCCUUGCGGUUCCAUGAGUUGGGGCUGGAUGACCGUCUAUUGAGAGUGAGUACACACCGGGUGACGGGAAUGAAUGGGAUAAUAAGGGGUUUGUAGGGGGAGUUAAACUGAUCUAUAAGCAUGCCGCUGGAUGUAUCCUGCUGUAUAAUGAUUAUUUAAUGGCUGGCCCUCCAUGCUGCAUCACGCAGGGCUCUGUAAAGACUGGCACUUGGCAUAACUUGGAUCUGUUUUUAGUUUUACCUUUAGAUGGAAAAGCUACUAAAAUAAUGUCAACAGGUCAGUAGCGCUGUAUGGGGGGGUCAGUAGCGCUGUAUGGGGGUCAGUAGUGUAUGGGGGUCAGUAGCGCUGUAUGGGGGUCAGUAGCGCUGUAUGGGGGUCAGUAGCGCUGUAUGAGUGUAUGUUGUAUGGGGGUCAGUAGCGCUGUAUGGGGGUCAGUAGCGCUGUAUGGGGGUCAGUAGCGCUGUAUGGGGGUCAGUAGCGCUGUAUGGGGGUCAGUAGCGCUGUAUGGGGGUCAGUAGCGCUGUAUGUACGGUCAGUAGCGCUGUAUGUACAAUAGACUCGAGUAUUGCUCCAGUUACAAUAUAUAUGUUUGUCUGGUAGAGCAGUAUGAGUUAUACCAAUGCUAGUUACAACAUUAACUCUUUCUGUGACCUCCCAUCGACAAAUCAUUUACAUUGUAAACUGAGCAUUAUAUGCCACUUGUUUUAGGAGCCACUUCACUGAUUCACUUCCUUUAUAUUGUGAUACUUGUUAACAAUUCAUUAUUUAUAAAAGCAUUCAUUAUUGUAAUACAACUCCACUCAAUACAUUUUCCCUAAGGUCUCCAUUUCUUGGAUUUUAUUCCCAAUGUUUUUUGGUCACCUUUGUUAAAGAUGGGUUUAUGUUUGCCACUUUCACAUAAUAAAAUCUAUCUAUGAGAAGUAUGCAGCAGCUUUAAAUAGUAUUACACACUGAAAAAUGAAAUACUAGGUUGACUUACUGAAAUUGUAGUAAAGUCUCUUAAAAUAUAGGCAUAUAUUAUAUUGGGCAGUCUUUUGCACAACUUUUACAGAAUUUAUCCCCUUUUGGAUCACAGCAUGUGACUAAAGAAUAGAUCUCCCCAAUUACCCUUUUAGAGGAACAUUUCAGUGCCAUAACCACUUCUGUGCACGGAGGUGGUUGUGGUGACAAGUGCCCUGGCACCCAUUCAUUAUAAAUAGUCCAGUGGUGUGACUUCUUACCGGGGUCUGCUAAUCUCUGCAUACCUCAUUGGCUGUGAUCAAUUAGCUGACACUAACUUUCCAUCUCUGUGGCCAAUGAUAUGACCUGACACUAUUUUCUGUCAUAUAAAAAAAGUAGACCUCUUGCAAUUUCCACUGAGCAUACAAACAUAAUAGCGCCCUACCAGGUGCAAAAAAGGGUUAAAACCCCUUUACUACCUUAUCACAGGGCCAAUGUCCCUCAGAGCUGGGUUGCAUCUCUGCCGCCCCCUAUGUCCCACAACGAUCGAGCGCUAAUGCACAUGCAUGACAAAAGCAGUGACAUAGACAUACCCAUAGGAAAGCAUUGAAUCAAUGCUUUCCAAUGGAGAAAAAGCUGACGCUGAAUGUCCUUAUGCAGAGCGUGAGGACGUCCAGCGUCAGAUACUGGACCAAAUGUCUGUUUGGAUGCAGGAAGCACCUCCUGUUGCUGUCUGGGAGACAACCACUGAAGGCAGACUUAGAGCUGCAAUGUAAACAUUGCAGUUUCUUUGAUACUACAAUGUUUAACAUUGCAGCACUAAUGGCAAUAGGGACACUACACCCAGACCACUUCAAUGAGUUGAAGUGGUAUGGGUGCCUAUUGUGUCCCUUUGAUAUGAUGAUACCAUUUGCUAUUUCUGCAUUUUCUGUCAGGAGAUUUUGAAAAGCAAAGGACAAUUACAUAGUAGUGAAUAUCGGUUCAGAUACCGGACAAUCUGAAAGAAGGUUCACAAAGAUUGCUGUCAGAAAGGGGGAGUGGGAAAGUUAUAAGAGUGACUUCUUCAAAAACUACAGUAAACCAUAAAUUAAAGAGAAAAUUUUUUAUAACAAUUAUAUUGAUAUUACAAUUUGAUGACCAAUGUCAAAUGUACACGUAUAAAUAGUUAUGUGGAGGUUUAAAUAUUCUGAAAGACAAAUUCUGAGUUGUAAAAUAGUAAUAACCUUCACUUCUCUAUUAUCCCAUAGGCCAUAGCAGACUUAGGAUGGGCCAAACCAACACUAAUUCAGGAGAAGGCCAUUCCUCUGGCCCUAGACGGGAAGGACCUUCUUGCCCGGGCAAGGACAGGUUCAGGAAAGACAGCAGCCUAUUUGAUACCCAUAAUUCAGAACCUCCUUCAAUCGAAAAUGGUAAGUGUGCAGUACUGCCAAUAAAUAUUUAUUGGUAUGAAGGGAACACUGGUUAAUUUGCUUUCUUCUGCCAUGGGCAUGUCCCUUGCAGUUGUGUGUGUGGAAGGUGGUAAUAUUGUCUACGAUAUAUUUUAGUAUUCUCUGACACCAUCUGUUAUGACAUUUUAGGGCUGCAAGAAUUAAUCACUAUGUGGUAUACCAUAAUUUAUUAAGUCAAAUAAUUGGAAUUCCUAAUUUGAAGAUUUGGUGUGCAUAUAGGUGCUUUCUGCUUUCACAUACCACUGUUAAACUUAGAAGAUGAUAUAUUGAGGAAGAAACAUGCAUAUUUUGUACCAGUUUUCUGUAACACUGCAAUCUGAUUUGAUGCACACUGUUGUUAAAACUAAUUUGUUUUAGAUCAUUUAAUGCAAUCUGCUAGUUAUAUUGAUUUUGUUUAAUACAGCUUUUAUUUUUAACAUGGAAUGGUAUCACUAUCGUCUAGAUACAUUAUUGGCCAUUUAUAAAACCGUGUGUGUAUGUAUGUGUGUGUGUGUGUGUGUGUGUGUGUGUGUAUAUAUAUAGACACGUGUGUGUGUCAAUAGAAUAUUAACACAUAAUUGGUACUUGUCAAGCAAACAGCAUGAGACAUAAAGGGAUACUGCAACUCGUAGCAGGGAGGAAGCUUGGCUAGGAGCAUUAUUAACAUUUGUGAUCUAAGAUAAGUAAAAAUAUAAAUACAAAUAAAUCAAUUCACCAUAAAAAAGAAAAAAAUCCACACACACAUACAGAAUGUGUAACAAUGUACAACAUUCUUACACACACAAACAAAUACUAUAUAAAAUAAAAGAGCAAAUGUCAAGACUGUUCUUGAAGACCAAAUCUAAUUCAAGCUUUAUAGAGAACAUACUUCUUAGAUUUGUUUUACUGCAGCUCUACAUCCAGUCACACUAUGCUAUAGCAUUUCAAGACCAUCAUUAUCUACAUUUCUUACUUUAUCCAAGAUGCCUAGUUUACGAUGAGGAAUGAACACAUCUUCAAUGUAAAAGUGUAAAACCAUGUACCCUAAUGUGCAAUGGUUUCAUAGUAAAAUUUGGGUUAGGGGUGAAUAGUCUCUGAAGAUAUGAUAUUGCCUCUCUUUUCCAGAUGUAUCUCAGUGGAUUUAAGGUUAAACUUUAUCUAUACACAAUUGAAGGGGACAUAUAAGUCUCUGCAGUGGCACUGCUGGCAUCCAAAGCCAGGACUCUCGGAUUUCAAUGAUAGGCCAAGAGCAUUGGGCUAAGCCAUCCUCAGUGUUCACCGCUUAUCAUCUUGCCUUUUGUAUUGGUGGAAUUUAUUUAUUUUUUCUUUUGUUUUGACAGUCCCACUGCAUAUCCGAUUAUCUUUUUUUCCUUUUUUUUGUGUUAAUUUACAAAUCUAACAAGAUUAAGGAUAAAAUGAGUACUGUGCAUAAUGUACUGCUCUUCACAUCCAUGUUUUCAAGAAACAUUGUAUUGUAUGAUCAUACAAUGCCUUUUUUUUUCUCCUUAGUCUAUCUCUGAACAAGCUGUCAGGGUUUUGAUUCUGGUUCCUACAAAGGAGUUGGGUCAGCAGGUUCAGCAAAUGAUCCGGCAGCUAAUCUCAUAUUGCACCCGUGAUAUCAGAGUUGCAGAUAUUUCGGGCCGGGUGGACGUAUCUGCUCAGAAGUAAGUGUUUAAUUUUUGUAGUUGUGUUUUUUUUUUGUUUUUUUUUUAUAAUAAAGAGAAAGUGAUUUAAAGUAGAAAUAAGUUACAUGACAUGCAGUGUGGGUUCUAUACAUGGUAUGCAGUUUUGGAAAGGGUUGUCUGUUUUUGCCAUGUAAUACAUCAAACUAUUUUAUCCAUUAGACCCAUCCUGAUGGAGAAGCCGGACAUUGUGGUUGGAACCCCCUCUCGUGUUUGGUGUCAUAUUAAUCAGCAGACGCUAUGUGUACGGGAUACACUCCAAGCCUUGGUCAUAGAUGAAGCUGACCUUAUAUUCUCGUUUGGGUUUGAGGAAGAUAUGAAGAACUUGCUAUGGUAAGUGUUCAGAGGGGAGUUUGCAGUGAUGUGUUUAGGAUUUUUGCUACCGAGGCCCACCAAAGGAUGUGUUCAGGGAGAUGACACAAUGUGAAAAAAGUAACUAAUGUGAAAAAAGUAAACAAAGCUAUGUGUAUACACCAUGAGUUAGCUAUACAAGAUAAAUUGUAGAAAUUCUACAAAAUAAAUUGUAGAAUGAAAUGUAGAUACUCGUUGGCCAGAAAAAAAACCCCCAAAAAACCAAACAGAAUUAUUGAGGUGUGACGUAGAAAAAAAACAGUUAACAUUCUGAGUGAUAAAAGUGAACAUUUGCUAUACAUAUGCAUUUUAUACCACAGAAAAUGCAUCAACAGAAUAUUGACAUAUAAUUGGUGCUUGUCAAGCAAAAAACAUGAGACAUAAAGGGAUGCUUGCAGGGAGGAAACUUGGCUAGAAGCAUUAUUCACAUUGUCAUCUUAGAUAAGUAAAAAUAUUAAAAAAAAAAAAAUCAAUAAUUCAUCAUAAAAAAAGAGAAAAAACCCACUUCAUGCUUAUCUCAACAGCAGGAAGCAAUAGAAUGGGUCCCAUUUAGUCCAGGGGGGUGGGUGGGGGGUGAAAUUGUAUUGGGUUACUGAAUCUAUAAUAAGAAUCCUUUAAUUCUUUCAGUGCCAGAAAAUCUUGAUGGUAGGUAAUGCCCACCCUUGACAAAAUGUCUGGUUACUGGCUUGUCCAAAGUGUGUUUAGUUAAAGAACUAACAGAAUAAAAUAAUUGUUUCCAUUUUUAUAUUAAAUUACACUGCAAAAAAAAAUAAAAAAUGGGGUGCUGCCCCUACGGAAGAGUCUCUACUAAUGUAUACCCUACUUGUUGAGGUGUAGUGUAUGUAGAUAAUUAGGUUCAAAAACCUCUAUUUCAGUGCACUAGACUAUUCAAAUUAUUUUAUGUAGUAAUCCGCUCUAAAAUUCCUGUUCUAUGUCUUUUUUACAACAUGAAUACAUUGUAAAUGUAUUUAACAUAAGUGGGGAUCUUAACCCAAAAAUGCUUCAAAAUAUGUGAUAGGGAAGCCUUUAUGCAUAGGAGAAUUCUCAGAUUCUGAUGCCCCAGCUUGGUGUGGAAAAACAGUUUGCAUGCUGUUGAUGUCCAGCAAAGCCAAGAUGUUGCAUCCAAACGUCUAAAUGUAUUAGAAACAUAGAAUGUGAUGGCAGAUAAGAACCAUUUGGCCCAUCUAGUCUGCCCAAUUUUCUAAAUACUUUCAUUUGUCGCUGGCCUUAUCUUAUAGCUAGGAUAGCCUUAUGCCUAUCCCACGCAUACUUAAACUCCUUUACUGUGUUAACCUCUACCACUUCAGCUGGAAGGCUAUUCCAUGCAUCCACUACCCUCUCAGUACUUCCUAAUAUUAUUUUUAAACCUUUGUCCCUCUAAUUUAAGACUUUCCUCUUGUUGUGGUAGUUUUUCUGCUUUUAAAUAUAGUCUCCUCCUUUACUGUGUUGAUUCCCUUUAUGUAUUUAAAUGUUUCUAUCAUAUCCCCCCUGUCUCGUCUUUCCUCCAAGCUAUACAUGUUAAGAUCCUUUAACCUUUCCUGGUAAGUUUUAUCCCGCAAUCCAUGAACCAGUUUAGUAGCCCUUCUCUGAACCCUCUCUAAGGUAUCAAUAUCCUUCUGAAGAUACGGUCUCCAGUACUGUGUACAAUACUCCAAGUGAGGUCUCACCAGUGUUCUGUACAAUGGCAUGAGCACUUCCCUCUUUCUACUGCUAAUACCUCUCCCUAUACAACCAAGCAUUCUGCUAGCAUUUCCUGCUGCUCUAUUACAUUGUCUGCCUACCUUUAAGUCAUCAGAAAUAAUCACCCCUAAAUCCCUUUCCUCAUAUGUUGAGGUUAGAACUCUAUCAAAUAUUCUGUACUCUGCCCUUGGGUUUUUACGUCCAAGAUGCAUUAUCUUGCACUUAUCCACAUUAAAUGUCAGUUGCCACAAUUCUGACCAUUUUUCUAGUUUACCGAAAUCAUUUGCCAUUUGGCUUAUCCCUCCUGGAACAUCAACCCUGUUACAUAUCUUAGUAUCAUCAGCAAAAAGACAUACCUUGUAAGAUAUUGUGUUGUCAGCGCUUAGUGAAUAAUCCCCUAGAUAUAAUCAGGGGUAAAGGUCUUAACAAAUGUAUCUAUAAUAAUUAGAAACAGCAAUAGCAUAUAGUGCUAAGAGUGUCAAUAUAACUGAUAGUAACAAUCAGAUUGUAACAAAAAAAAUCUAAAUUGUAUCUCAGUCCAGUAUAAAAUAUGUAGCAGGGUCCAAAGUGACAGGAGGUCCACAGUGUUGUUUGGGAAACCUCCUGUCACUUUGGACCCUGCUACAUAUUUUAUACUGGACUGAGAUACAAUUUAGAUUUUUUUGUUACAAUCUGAUUGUUACUAUCAGUUAUAUUGACACUCUUAACACUAUAUGCUAUUGCUGUUUCUAAUUAUUAUAGAUACAUUUGUUAAGACCUUUACCCCUGAUUUAUAUCUAAGGGGAUUAUUCACUAAGCGCUGACAACACAAUAUCUUACAGUUUAUUCAUUGAAUUUGGGAAGUUCUUUUUUUGUUUAGCAGCUAUUAUCUAGAGGUACUUUGUACCAUUCUCUUAUAAGUAUUAUUGUAUAUCUUUUUUGUGCGCUCUCUUUCACCCUUUUAUAUAUUUUUUAAAAAGACAUACCUUACCAUCAAGACCUUCUGCAAUAUCACUAAUAAAAAUAUUAAAGAGAAUGGGUCCAAGUACAGAUCCCUGAGGUACCUCACUGGUGACAAGCCCAAGCUUCGAAUAUAUUCAAUUAACUACAACCCUCUGUUGCCUGUCACUCAGCCACUGCCUUACCCAUUCAACAAUAUUGGAAUCCAAACUCCCUAUUACCUUUCUUGUGAAUGGGCACAACAUUCGCUAACUUCCAAUCUUCUGGGACUACUCCUGUUAACAAUGAUUGGUUAAAUAAAUCUGUUAAUGGUUUUGCUAGUAUACCACUAAGCUCUUUUAAUAGCUUUGGGUGUAUUCCAUCAGGUCCCAUUGACUUAUUUGUCUUUACUUUUGACAGUUGAAAUAGAACCUCUUCCUCUGUAAACUCACAUGUAAUAAAUGACUCAUUUAUCCUUUUUCUUAACUGAGGUCCCUUUCCUUCAUUUUCAUCUGUAAAUACCGUACAAAAAUAUUAAUUGAGGCAGCCAGCUAGACCUUUAUCCUCUUCUACAUUCACUUCCACCUUCCUUCUUUUGUUUUUAAUCUAAUUAAUCCUUGUUUUACUUUUCUUUUCUCAUUUAUGUAUCUGAAAAAAAGUUUUGUCCCCCUUUUUUUACUAAUUGUGCUAUUUUCUCUUCUGUGUGUGUUUUUGAAGCUCUUAUAACUUGCUUAGCCUCUUUCUGCCUAAUCUUAUAGAUCAUUUUGUCUUCCUCACUCUAGGUUUUUUUAUAAUUCCUAAAUGCUAACUUUUUGUUUUUAACUAUUUUGGCCACAUCUGUGGAGUACCCCAGUGGUUUCGUGAUUUUUUUUUGUUUUACUGACAAGCCUAAUGCAAUUUUCUGUUGCCUUCAGUAGUGCAACUUUUAAAUAAUCCCUGGACUUCUCUUGGACUCCAUUUAAAUUGCUCAAGUCUGAUAAUGACUCCUCUACACAUAUUCUAAUUUUAGAAAAGUCUGUUUCUAAAGUCUAAAACUUUUUUGUGUGGUGUGACUCAGUCACUGUUCUUAUAUUAAAUCAUACUGACUGAUGAUCCCUGGAUCCUAAACUUUCACCUACAGUAAUAUGAUACUAAAUCUAGUAUGGCCUCUUUACGAGUUGGCACCUCAAUGACUUGUUUUAGAGACAAUCCCACUAGGGAGUUUAGAAUAUGUGUGCUCCUGGCACAAGCAGCUAUUUUUGUUUUCCAAUUUACAUCAGGAAGAUUAAAGUCACCCAUGAUGAUAACUUCCCCCUUCAUUGUCAUUUUAGCUAUUUCCUCAACUAGUAGAUUAUCUAACUCUUCAAUUUGUCCUGGGGGCCUAUAAAUCACACCUACACGAGGUACUGUGUGAUUACCAAAUUCUAACGUAACCCAAACUGACUCUAUGUUCGCCUCACUAACUUUGAUUAGGCUAGAUUUUAUGCUAUCCUUCACAUACAGAGCCACCCCUCCCCCUUUCUUGCCUUCCCUGUCUUUUCUAUAUAAAGAGUACCCUGGUAUUGCUAUGUCCCAGUCAUUUUUCUCAUUAUACCAUGUCUCCGUAACAGCGACUAAAUCUACACUAUCAGUUGCCAUUAUUGCCACAAGUUCAUGGAUCUUAUUCCCUAAACUGCGAGCAUUUGUAGACAUGACUCUAAGCAAUUGUAGAAAUGACUUGUACUAUGCCUUUCACUAACAUUGAUAAUACAGCAUUCAGACGACUGUCUGAAUGACUGCCCCUAAAGUUGUUUCUAGGCAGCAAUGUAAGCCUGCAAGGACAUGCUAUAGACACCAGGACCAUUACAAUAAGAUGUAGUGGUUCUGGUAACUAUAAUGUCCCUUUAAUAUUUUAUUUGUUUUAAGCUCUAACCUGUGGCUUCAGCUCAUAAAUUAUUAAAAAUAUGUAAUGUACAUCUACAUAGAAAACAUCAGAUUCCAUUACAAUGCAAGUAUCAUUUACAUUAAGACACUGUAUAUAGGUGGUGAUCAUGGCAGGUUAUUGUUGACAAGCCACAUGCCUAGCAGGCAUAUAGAACUAGAGGCAAUCUUUGUUUUUGUAUGCUUGGAAUGUGAAAAAAUUUUUGGUCUUUGAUAGAAAAUAAUAUGUAGUGAUUGCAAGUGAGUAUGGUAUAGGAUCUAUAUAUUCUUGGGGGAUAUCUGAUGCAAUUUACUACAGUCCUGACCACAUCACUUGUCAUUUCAGCCAGCUCCCCAAAAUUUUCCAGUCUUUUCUUAUGUCUGCUACAUUCAACGAGGACGUCAAGGCUCUGAAAGAACUUGUUCUACAUAAUCCGGUUAGUCUCAUUUUGGCAUAUGUGGUAGAAUUACAGACAGUGCUGCUACAAAGCAGAGUCUAUAGAUUACAAUGCUUUCUAUUUAGUUAAUGCUGUCAUGUUAAUGUUGUCACUAUAUACUGCUGUGACAAAUGUUACAUGUAGAUGAAGAGUUCGAGUUAUGGGAACACUCCAAGCACAGAAAGCAUGCUUGCUGUGUAAAGAAUGUCUCUACAUCACCGUCCACCCCCACUUUUUUUUUUUUUGGCCAAAUUGCUGUUUUUAAUAUAAAGUGGCACCUUUUUAUACGUGGAUCUUGUUACACCUCCCCGGCUGUCAAUCAUAGAGAAGGUAUGUAUCAGAGAUAAAGAGGAGAGUUUGCCGUAGAUGCAGAUACUAGAAGCUAAGUUUUAUGUAUUAUUUUUCAGUAUAUUUAAUAAAAAGUUAAAUACAUUUUCUUUCAAUGGAGGGUUCCUUUAGACAUGGUGCUUGUUGAGAUAUAUAUAUAUAUAUAUAUAUAUAUAUAUAUAUAUAUAUAUAUAUAUAUAUAUAUAUAUAUAUAUAUAUAUAUAUAUAUAUAUAUAUAUAUAUAUAAAUUUUUUUUUUUAAUAUAUAUAAUUUUUUUUUUUUUAAUUCACUUUUUAUUGAAGUAAGAUAGACAAUGAUAACAUAUUAUGGUAUUACAAUCCAGGUAUGGUACAGGUAAAGACUUGGUAAUAUUAAUAACCUCAUUUAUAUAUAUAUAUUGUAUAACAGGAGUAAAUGGCAUAUAAGAAAAAGGACUGAUGAGGAAGGGAUUGAGAAUGGUGCGUUUUGAGAGUACAAUAAGGGAGCCCCCCGCAUUACGUGACUUAGGUACUGGGAGCAGUAUUCGGCUGAAUAAGGAUGAUAGUCUCCUGGGGUUCUGCUCGUCCCUUCCCCUCUAGUACUAAAUAGACUCUAGGUGUAAAGUGCAAUAACUGUGACAGUGUCUCAGGUUGGCUAAAAUCUUAUGGAGCUGCGAUACUGGGAAGUAAGUGUGGCGCUAAAGUAUUUGAAUAAGGGGUUCAGCGGUGGCACAGGUAGUGAACCCAGUAUGCGGGGAUAUAUUUACAGGUGCACUUAUAUUAUGCCUGGUUGUUGGGUUCUCUGGAGGAUCGGGUCUCUCUGGGAGCCCCGGGCUUGUAGGAUAGAGUCAACUUCAGUUGGCGGGUGCCUGUUAAGGCACUUGGUAGUGUCCAUCUGUAAUCUACCCCCACUUCUUGGAGCCGGCGCGUCACCCGUCCCAGUGAUGUUUCUCCACUGUAGGGUACUCAGUGUUAAAUCUUGAAACAAAAGGAAUUGUGAUGAAUUGUAUUUCACCGCAGCUAGAAUCUGCCUUUUAUCUGUCAGGGAUUGACAUCUAAUGAUCACAUCACAUGAUGCUGAUUUAGGUGCUUGUCUGGGCUUAUUAAUGCCAAAGAAGCCACCAAGAACCAAUUUAUUUGCCGAGUGUGUGGCAACAACACUGGUACAAGCCUCCUGAGGUAGUGGGGUAAUUCGUCGGGACUGAUUGCGUCCGGUACGCCUCUGAGUGUUAUAUUGGUGAGCUAGGUUCUGCCCUUACCCAGGUCGAAUCUUGCUAGUAGGUCAGAGUGGGAAGAUUGGAAUUGGAGGAAGUCUUGUUUUAAGGCCUUUUUCUUGCUGUACAUCCAGAAUAUCUUCUUUGAGGCCUGCACUCUGGCAGUAACCACCUGGAUCUCUGUUUUCAUCAGCUCCAUAUUGGCUGCAGACCUCUGCUUUAGUUCCAAUAAGAGAUUCAUAAUGUCCAGUUUGGUGGCUGGCACCAAGGCAUCUUGAGCUAUAGACACUGUAAUGGAUGUAUUAGGUGCUCAAAGGUCCAAAGUCUCUCCCAUGGCCUUCUCAGAGGGGGUGGAACUGGUGUCUUGCUCUGACCAUGCCACCAUUUUGCAGGCGGUCGGAUGUUGUAGCAUGAUGCCAAUAUUCUGGGAGUCCCUGUUUGUAUGCACUUGCUAACUCAUACGGUCAGCAAUAUGCCGGGGUCCCUGUUAGUUGUCCAGGAGGUAUUUUGGGCGUCCUUUGGGAAUGCCAGGUAUGGGAGCGCGGCCUUCGUUGGUGAUUGAGGUAGGGCCCAGACCUACCUGCAGACAGGCACUUUCCUGCCUGUCCGCAGGAACAAGAAGGGCACCGGUUUGCAGCAUAUGACACCAGGAUAAGAGGGCAAUCGUUUUUUCCAGUGGAUUGUACUCUGGGAUAGUCUAUUUAGUUAGAUGUAAUAUCUGGCAUUGGGAGCUCAGGGAAAUGGUGUCAGCUCAGGUAUUCGGCUCCGCCCCCAGUUCUUUGGUUUUUUUUCUUGUAUCCUUUUGCACAACUGGACUAGGCAAUAGUCUGCAAUGAGAUCCCUCAUUGCAAAGUUGAGACUGAAUCCAGUUUCCCUUGGUCUUCUUGCUAAUUGCUCCCUUCAUUUGAUUGUGUGGUUAUGUUUAGUGUAUAUUUUCAUUGCCUGUUUUUAAAUGUACUAGUUUCCAUCGUUAUACUGUAUAUUCUGCAUCUGAAUUCUAUCUUCCAUCUCUCCAGGUGAUACUUAAGCUUGAGGAAUCUCAGUUACCUGACUCUGCUCAGCUCACACAAUAUCAAAUCCAGUGUGAGGAAGAGGACAAGUUCUUGCUGCUCUACACAUUGCUUAAACUCUCACUUGUUCGUGGGAAAACUAUUAUUUUUGUAAAUGAUGUGGACAGGAGUUAUAGACUCAAGCUCUUCCUGGAACAGUUCAGCAUCCCAGCUUGUGUACUGAACUCUGAACUCCCAGUACUGUCACGGUAAGAGGCACCCAAAGUCAUUUAAUGGGACAAUUCAGACCCUUUAGUUUGCUGAAAUGCCUUAAGUGUAAAGAGUGCAGAUAGAAAUUCACACUUUUCUAAAUUAAUCUUGUUUCAUCUUCCCCCCACUCCUGUCGAUCAGACAACCAGUCCUCCUAUUUACUGGUGGCUUAGCUCAGUGGAACUAAACUCAAGAGGCUGAAAUUGCCCAGAGAACCUUCCUGGCAAAGAUCUCUCAUUGAGCUGCAUUGGGAAGUCUGUUAUUGAACAGCUACAGAAAGUUUUGGCUGUGGAAGAAAUGCUUCAGUCCAGAUAUUUGCAGGUUUUGCAAGCUGUAUUUAGAUAUACGCCCAAAGAGAAAAAAUAAAUGUAUGCAAGUUUUCACUUUGGAUAUAGCUACUAAACCGUGAUUUUAGAUUUGUUUUGUGUUUGGACAGUGGAGCAUUUCUUUAACAGUGUAUGGAGGUACAGUGCCAGAGGACUCGGGCACUAUAACCAAUCUAAUGAGAUUAAAUGGUUAGAAGAGUCUCUUAAAUUAAAAGCCAAGUAAGCAGAUGGCCAGCGAUUUUAUAAUUGCUGGGUUUUUAUUCUUUCAUGCUGUGAAUGUUUCAAUACCUGUUAGUGACUUCAAGAGCUAUAUUCAUCUGUAUAGUGAUAUCUUGUUUUGGUUUUUUUGCUCUCGUAGGUGUCACAUUAUUGGACAGUUCAAUCAAGGCUUGUAUGAUUACAUUGUUGCAACAGAUGAACACUCGUUAUCACUUCCUACUGAGCAAGAAAACAAGGAAGCAAAGAAGAAGAAGAAAAGAGGCAAAUCAGAAAAGUGAGCGCUUUAUUCUACCUUACACAAUAUAUUACAUGUUAUUCCUACAGUAGCAUUGUUAUUAAACUUAUUUAUUAUUCUUGCAUUGGCUUAAAACAUGGGUCAAACCUAUAUAUGCUGCAGCUCACUGUUCUAGACCUGUAUUGACCCUAUAAACCUCUGUCUUGCCAUAUAGCUCUGUUAUCUCUAUAUUGACUGUGUCAUUGUAGUGCUGUUCUUCCUGUUCAUGCAGCUGCCCUCCAUUAGGUUUGUGAUUGGAAGCUCUCACCAUUGUCUUUAACCCUCUCAUUUUCAGAGUGCAAAGUAGUGAAUAUGGAGUGUCUCGUGGUAUUGAUUUUCAAAAUGUGUCUACAGUAUUAAACUUUGACUUCCCUCAGUCUGUUGAUUCCUAUAUCCACCGCGCAGGAAGGUAUGUGUAUCUAUACACAUUCUAUUUUCUGUAUUAGCCUCCUGAUCUCCCUCAUUCUUUUUUCUACAUCAACAGCCAAAUUAGUAAUUUUCCUCCUAUUUACCUUUCUACCUCUAAAUCAGAACUGUCUCCUAUGUACGUUACCCUCUCAAUCAGUCUUUUCUCCCAUUUUCAGCUUUCUCUGAUCUAGCCCUGUAUCCUAGUCUACACACAUUCCCCCCCUCCCCCCCACAAAUUGGUCAUGUUCCCAUACAUCACCUUGCAAUUCUUCCCAUCCCUCAUAGAACUCCUUUUUUUUCCACCCUCUUGUUUCCUUAACACCAUCUUAUCUUUGUUCCAGGACAGCCCGAGCUAAUAACCCCGGGGUUGCUCUUACAUUUGUGGCACACACAGAGCUACCUAUUUUGGGAGAGAUUGAGGAGGCACUGGGAGGGGGUGAGUGUGAUUUGUGAUUGCUGUUUUAUAUAAAAUGUUUGGUGUCUAUAUUAAAGGACAGCUGUCUAACAAAUUCACUCUGGACCAAAGUGAUACUUUGUGUUUUGAACCAAACUGUUUGUUUUUUAUUUAUUUUUAUGGUUGUUUGUGCAGAAUACUUUCCUCCCUGUGUACUAACUAUUUUUUCUCUGCCAUGUCUGUCCAACUUCGGUGGGAUGCUCCCUUGCAUCGACCGUUGUAUUCUUUAUAUGUCCUGCGGGUUGGUGAUGUCAUUACUUAGCUUUUUGUGAGACAGGGCAAUCUUACUGGUUGGUUGAAGGGAUGGCGGUGGCCAUGUUAUGAUGGCACACAUUGUGUCUUCUACCUGCAGUGUUUGUGCACACUGUCUGACAGCCAGUGACUUGCCUGUGUGCUUAACAGAGCAUGCUGAGUCACACAGGUGUCAGGUAGUGCACGCACACUUAUUUCAGUCUUUAUUAGGUGUAUUAAUAUUUGGUAUAUUUGUGCUUGAAUUGGACCGUUUUUCCUCAAACAAUUGUUUGUGGGCUACCAAUAGUUCUUUAAACUUUCCAGAAUUCCUCAGUUCCUUUUUCCUCAUUGGUUGAGACUGGAUGUGUCUCUCAGAGAUUAAAGGACCACUAUAGUGCCAGGAAAACAUACUCGUUUUCCUGGCACUAUAGUGCCCUGAGGGUGCCCCCACCCUCAGGGACCCCCUCCCGCCCGGCUCUGGAAGGGGGAAAGGGGUAAAAACUUACCUUUUUCCAGCGCUGGGCGGAGAGCGCUCCUCCUCCUUCCGCCUCACCUGCCGGCUGAAUGCGCCCAGCGCGGCAAGAGCUGCUUGCGCGCAUUCAGCCCGGUCUCAUAGGAAAGCAUUUACAAUGCUUUCCUAUGACGCUUGCGGCUCUCACUGUGUGCAGUGAAACACGCAAGCGCCUCUAGUAACUGUCAAUGAGACAGCCACUAGAAGGAGGGGAAGGCUUAACCCAUUCAUAAUUAUAGCAGUUUCUCUGAAACUGCUAUAAUUAUGAAAAAAUGGGUUAACCCUAGCUGGACCUGGCACCCAGACCACUUCAUUAAGCUGAAGUGGUCUGGGUGCCUAGAGUGGUCCUUUAAGUAUGUGUGUCAAGAGACGCACAGACAUAACGUUUGGUAUAUGCUCUUGGAAGGCACAGUGUUUGUGUCUCUACAGUUAGGUCCUAAAAUGUUUGGAUACUGACGAAAGUUUUAUUUCGGCUGUUUACCAAAAUAAGUUAAAGUUACAGUUAAAUAAUGUAUAUGGUCUUUAAAGUGCAGUAACUCGGCUAUAAUUUGGGGGUAUUCGCAUCCAAUUUGGAGGAUGGGUUUACAAAUUACAGCUACUAAUAAAAUGGACAAAACGUAAUUGGACAAUUGACUCAAAAGCUGUUUCAUGGACAGGUGUGGGCUAUUCCUUUAUUUCUUCGUAAAGAAUGGAGUUGAUUCCAGGUGUGGCAUUUAGAAGCUGUUGCUGUGAACAAACAACAUGCAGCCAAAGGGGUUCUCAAUGCAAGAGAAAGCGACUGCAAAAAAUAAUCCAUCCGAGAUAGCAGGAACACUAAAUCAACAGUCUGAUACAUUCUGAGAUAAACAAUGGUGGAGAAUUGUAGGAUCCUUUCCAUGGUGAAGAAAAACCCAAUACAGCCAAUCAAAGGACACUCUCCAGAGGGCGGGGCUUGAGCUCAAUGGCGGAUGGAUGUGCACCGUGCGAGCUCUGAACCUGUUUCUUAUCAACAGCACUGUAAUAGACUUCUAUCCAGUUAUAUUGAUACUACUUAUGACUUACCUGUUCCAGGAGCCGGUCGGGUUGCUUCCGAUUUUUAUUUAUUUUUUUUAUUUUUUAUUUUUUUUGCCUGACUAUGCAAAGUGCAUUUGACGGAGGUUUUCAGGGGGGCCUAGCAAAAUUGCCGCACGGGUGAGGCAGCCACUAAGUUUGACGCUGCAUAGUCCUAGUUUUACCUUACAGUCCCGCUCCCCCCCCCCCCCUUUGGACCGUUGGGGGGUUAUUCUGGUCCCCACUGGCUUUGUAGCAACGUGGAUAUAUGCUGUAAUACCUGUCAAGUUACAGCUUAAAUACACAAGAUGGCGGCUCAGCUUCUUCAGCAGUGUUUCCACUCUCAGCAACGCGAAACAGAACAUCUUGCUGUUGGAUAAAAUCUUUGACCGUUUCUGGGCCUCUUUGGAGGCACGCCAAGCAGUCACAUUGCCUCAACCUCGGAAGGAGGAUAGGGAAGGCAAAGACUUUCGGGGACUUGCAGACCCCAAUCGCAUGCACCUCCUAUUACUGGGCUGAGGUCUGGAGGGAUGCCACUCAUUGACAUCAGGGAAUCGCGGCUCAUAAAAUCCUCCGCAUGCAGGACUCCCAUUUCCCAUUAUCUGGGAUAGGCUGAAUGAUGGCUUGCCACCUGGGACUGUUUUACUGCUCACAUAAUGGGACUCCUUCAAAAGCAGAUGCCAAUAAUUUCCCCAUCUGACCAUUAUAUGCCUGGUUAAUUGUGCUUCAUCUAUACAUGCUGUGACUGAGUUCCAGUACUCUGACAGAGUACCUCGGCCAAGUCUGCUUCCUCGUAGCUAUCAGGGACCAUGGAGCACGUCAGACCCAGUCACCGAGGCUUGACUGGGAUCACUGAGGGCCUUUUCCACCCUGGACAAAACACCAGACAACACUUGGUGAAGGUUAAAACAACAAACUUUUUUUUUUCUCAUAUAUCUUUUUUAUUGGUUUUGGGUAGUACUCCAGUGUAUAAUACAUUUGCUGACGCAGCAGCACAUUGACCAAGUACAGCAUUACCGGUUGCAACACUCUUCAUACAUUAUAACACGUACACUAUAACACGUAUAUUAAUACAGUGCUGACUUUUGCUUCACUUCAGCUUCAGGUUAUAUUGUUGCCUGUGUGACAGCUUGUUAGAAACAUCUUCGGCAUGGAAUAUUGGUCACCUGUACUCUCUAAGUUGGUAAGCCUACAACCGGGUACAGGAAGAAAAAAAAAAGUUAAGGGAAGGGUAACAUUCAACUUGAACUGUAACCUGUGUCCUACUUGACCUGAGUUUUGCAUACUGUGCACACUGCUUUGGUUCUGCUACAGGACCUCUUGGUCACCAUGGUUCGUGGGCAACAACUAACUUUAAUAGACAUAACACAUAUCUAUUAAGCCCCCAACAACCUCAUUUACAUACAAUAGGUUGAUAAGCGCACUAUAUACAAGGAUGGGCAGGUCAGACAAUAGCAAGGCCUGAUGGGAGAUUGAGGAGGGACAGGGCAGCUAGUUCAAGCUGGUCUGGCAGUGUCCCUGGGACAACGCUCUGCUCUGGAAACAAUAGGACAAGAAAAAAGGGGGGGGAGGGGAGAGGCGCGGACAAGCAAUACAUUCAACAUGUCCUGCACCAAUAAUGACCAAAACACAAAAGGAAUCUGGGUACCCAGUGACUGUGACUACCGUCACACAUGCUAAUAUUAGUUAUUUUACUUUGUUAAAUUUGGUUCACCUCCAAAGAACCAUAUUGUGUCUAAGGAAAAUCUGUCAACUGUUUAUCUAUUUCUUGUUUAAGCUUUAGACAAAUUCACGAUCUUGAGUACCUAUACCUACACAAAAAUGUGCUUAUGUCUAUGCCAUGCCUAUGUCUUUCUUUGUUUCCAUUGGGCUUGCUUACGCCAUCGUGGCAUAGCUUGCGUCUUGUAUUUCAUGCAACACCCUCCAGUAGGUAGGCAUAUCAUUAUCCAAGUCUACCAUCUUCACGAGCGCAAACAUAGAGGGUUCACCACAUUGUGCAAACCAUUCAUAAGCCUCAAGAAUAGAAAGGACAGAUUAGACUUUGCAAAAAAAAAAAAAAAAUCUUAAAAAAAGCCAGCCCAGUUCUGGAACAUCAUUCUUUGGACAGAUGAAACUAAAUCCAACGUGUACCAGAAGAUAAGACAAAACUAUGGAGAAGGCUUGAAACAGCUCAUGGUCUGCUGUAAAACACGGUGGAGGCAGUGGGAUGUCUUGGGCAUGCAUGGCUUCCAAUGGCACUGGGUCACUAGUCUUGAUUGAUGAUGUGACAGAAGAUAGAAGCAGCCAGAUUAAUUUUGAAGUGUUUAGGGAUAUAUUGUCUGCUCAGAUUUAACCAAAUUCAGAGAGCUGAUUAGAUGAAUCUUGACUUUACAGAUGGAUAAUGACCCAACGCUACGAAAGCAACCCAGGAGUUUAAAGGACCACUAUAGGCACCCAAAUCACUUCAGCUCAAUGAAGUUCCCUCUAGGUUUAACCCUGCAGUUGAAAACAUAGUUUCAGAGAAACUACUAGGUUUCACUGAGGGUUAAUCCAGCCUCUAGUGGCUGUCUUCUACGCUUCUCACUGUGAAAAUCAGUGAGAAGACGCCGGACGUCCAUAGGAAAGCAUUAAGUAAUGCUUUCCUAUGGGCGAUUUCAAUGCUCAUGGAUCUGACGUCAGCAGGGGGUGGAGGGAGCCCGGCGCUGAAGGGGUUUUAACCUCUACAGCCCAGCGGGAGGGGGGCCCUGAGGGUGGGGGGGACCUAAUGCCCCUAUAGUGCCAGGACAACAAGUUUGUUUUCCUGGCACCAUAGUGGUCCUUUAAGUAGAGUAUUCUGCAAUGGCCUAGUCAACCACCUGAUCUCAACCCGAUCAACCAAGCAUUUCACUUACUCAAGACAAAACUUAAGGCAGAAAGACACGCAAACAAACAACUUAAGAUAACUGCAGUAAAGGCAGGGUAAAGAAUUACAAGAAGGAAACUCUGCGUUUGGUGACGUCCAUGCAUUCCAUACUUCAAGCAGUCAUUGCCUGCAAAGGAUUCUUGACAAAGUAUUAAAAAUGUACAUUUUAUUUCUGAUUGUGUUCAUUUGUCCAAUUUGAGCCCCUGAAAUAAGGGGACUGUGUAUGAAAUUGGUUGCUUUUCUUGAACCUUUGAUAUUUUUGUUCAACCCCUUGAAUUAAAGCUGACGGUCUGCAUUUUAUUUGCAUCUGUUUUUUCAUUUCAAAUCCAUUGUGGUGGUGGUGUGCAGAGCCAAAAUUCAGAAAACUUUGUCAGUGUCCAAAUAUUUACAGACCUAACUAUAUAUGUCUAGGGGGAAGAAAAAUGUAUAGCUAUGUAUGUUUUAAUACAAAAAAAACCUAAAUGUAUACUUUUGCCUUUUACCUCUUUCCGUUGCAGAUGGUCCUGAGCAGUGCGCUCUAAAGCCCUAUCGAUUCCGCAUGGAGGAGGUGGAAGGAUUUCGGUACCGCUGUCGGGUGAGUGCUGGAUAUUAAAGGAUCACAUUUGGCACAAUAACCACUUCAUCUCAGUUAAGUGAAUAUCGUGUCUGGAGUCCCUAGCGUCCCCAGCCUCCUGUAAUGCUGCUUCUCCUCUGGUGCUUGGUGCUAAUGUGGAGGCAUUCAGCUGAUGUUCUCAGUCUGUCACUGUUCACCCAUUGCAAUUAAACAUACAUGUAUUUUGUAAGCUGUACUCUUAGUGGGCAGACUGUGAUAGGCUAAGAAUGUUCGCAAAAUGUUUCUGCAUUACCUUGAGCACCAGAGAAGAGGCAGAAUGGUGAAUUUGGGGAACUAUUUCAAAAACAGGUUAGCACUGGAAAGUAAGAUGAACCCAGGGAACUCCAAGCACCAUUACAACUUCAUUGCCAUACAGUGGUGUAGUGCCCAGAAGGUAAAUUGUUUGAUACAGACAUGCUUUAAUGUAAUAGUGCUGUAAUUGUAAUAAUUAAAGUCCUGACAGUGUCUGUGAAGCUUCUGAAUUUUGUGUUCACUAAACUUUCACAUUUAUAUAUACACAGGAUGCCAUGAGAUCUGUCACCAAACAAGCAAUAAAGGAGGCACGCUUGAAAGAGAUAAAGGAAGAACUUCUUAACUCUGAAAAACUCAAGGUUGGCAAACACUGUUAGCCUCUCUUUCUAAUAUAAUGCCCCCACAUUAUGUAGUGUAGUCUCUAUAUAGCUGUACAUCCCAGCAUGCUUUUUCUGUUACUUUUCUAGACGUUGGCUUAGCUGAUGAACCUCUGCUCAGCUGCAUGCCGCUUGCCCCGUGCAUCCACUCCUGUGAUGUUAGCUUGACAUUGCUCUCUACUGUCGUCCCCCCCCCACACACACACCCCACAGGGCUUAUUAUAGAUUGCACUACUUGCCAAGGCGUAAAUGUUGCUCACCACUGUAAAUCUGGAGCAUCCAUGGUGCAUCACCAGGUGUGACUCUCUACUCACCCCAGCUAAAUAAUUUUAAAAGUUGCUAUGACAUUCUCAUCAAAACGAAUUAAAGUGCUUUGCCUUCUAUAGUGAUCUCCGCUAAAGUGACAGUUCUUCCAGGAGAUCAAAGUGCCGUGCAACCUAGAUAAGGAUUCCUUCCACAAAUUAUACUGUCAGUUAUUCCAAAUAUAGUAACUAAAACAAGAAAAAUGCUGAGUGCCGAUAUAGGAAAAUAGCAGAUCCCUACAUCUCUAUCUAUAGGCAGUCACACUAUACAUAUACUAUCUGUAAAGAGCGCGGAUAUGCCUUUCAUGCAAUAGAUGGCUCAUUACAGUGACAUUCAGCUUGCCACCAUGUGCGUGCUGUUAAUGUGAAAUUUAAUUAGAACAGCACAGCUGUAAAUUGGUAGGCUUCAAAAGCUAACAUGCUGCCAUUGAAAUUGUUGAAGUUGUGGAAGCAUAUGUUUCUCUGAAUUAUAGGAUUAGUUUUCCUAUAUUCCUUUAUUACUUUAAUCACCCUCAGGAAGCUGAAGAGUAACGAUUUUACACAUCUAAAAUGUUCCACAGAGUUGUACUGUGUAACUGAAUUCUAAACAAGAUCUCCCGUAGUGAAAAAGUAUAUUUUGUGUGUGUGUGUGUCUGUAUUGUAGAGUGGAUUAAAAAAUAAAUAAAUACAUAUUUUAUGUUUUUUAUCUUACAUUUUGAACCAUGUUCCUAUCUGCAGACAUAUUUUGAAGACAACCCUCGUGAUUUCAACCUCUUGCGUCAUGAUAAGCCUCUGCACCCUGCCGUUGUCAAACCUCACCUCAAAAAUGUUCCUGACUACCUGAGUAUGUUGUGGGUCUUAUCUCUUUAAUGUGAAAAGUGUCUUUCUUGCUCCUUCCAUCCUACUAUUUAUCUCUUCCAUUGUUGCCCUUAUUGCCACGUCUGUUAUUGUUAACUGUGUUUAGGUCCUGGUAUGUAUACCACUGCGUAACUUUACUUGGGGGCAUCACCUUUUUUACUUUGUGUGUUAUAUAUCCAUGUGCCUGUAGGUGUCCUCUGUGUCAUUGUCACUGUGAAUAAGUCAUUGUGCGUAUUUAAGCCUGUCUAAAGGUGGUGGUGUAUUCCUGCACAGUUCCUUUAUCCACGUUCUUUUUAUGUGGGACUACGUUGCUAGGAUCUGAUUUAUUAGCAUUGUUUGUUUAUUGGUAGUCAAUUCACCUCUUUGUGCCUUUUUAUUUUACCUUCCCUUGUACAUUAUUACUGUAACUUUAAACUACACACGUGGCCUUCAUUGGUUUCCUUAUUGACUUACCAUCUCUUGUCACCUCAGUCCCUCCUUCUCUGCGCUCCAUUGCUGAUCCUUAUCACCGCAUGAAGAAGAGGAGAAAGUUAAGAACUGGAGUUUCCAGAAUACAAGAGGCUCGGUCAAAGGUGAGACUAAUGUAUUUCCUUGCCCCUCCUUACACCCCAUUAGUGAAAUGCAUAGCCAUAAUUCUGUGCAAUAGUUUAAGCUAUAGGUAGUUUCCUUCCUUUUAAUCCAGAGGUGGCACCAGGAUCAGAAUAAUAACUGUUUUUAUUCAUCUUGACUUUGGUUUAUAAUAAGUUGUUUGUUUUAAAAUUUCAGAUGGAAACUAAUGGGAUAACUAAAUUGUACUAUUUAUGCGCAAAUUUAUAUAUAUUUAUUUAAAAAUAUCAAUUGUUUUUCAUCAAAAGCCAUUCUAUUAAAAACACACACACACACACAAAAAAAAAAAAACAUUGUAAAUUAUAUGUAUGUAACAAAUCCUUGAUGUGUUUUUGGGUAAUUUUUGUAACAAUCUUUAAAUUGUAGAACAUGUGAUUUUAAUAUAUUUUGUAGUUGUAUUUUAUCUUUGGCUUGGAAAAAAACCCUUUGAUUUGCAUAAUUGACACUUUGUUUUAAAACAGUUAGUCAAGUAGAAUGUUUGUGAAUUUCAUGGACUAUCCAACUAAUUUGAUCACCUAAAACUGGUCCAGUUGUGACUCUCCAGAAUGUUGUAUAUGUAUUAUAGAAUUAGUUUUAUGGUAUUUUUAAAAUUUAAAUCUUGCCCAUUUUAAAUACUGAACCCUAUUAACUUUAAAGUGAGCCUUUCAUUCUUUAAAGGGACACUGUAGGCACCCAGACCACUUCAGUUAAUUGAAGUUGUCUGGGUGCUGUGACCCUUUUGCACCUAGUGCCGCAAUUUAAAACAUUGCAGUUCCAGAGAACUGCAAUGUUUACAUUGCAGCUCUAAGUCUGCCCUCUGUGGUUGUCUAACAGACAACCACUGGGGGCACUUCCGGAAUCUAAACUGACUUUUUGUCUGUUAUCUGAUGCUGGACGUCCUCACGGACCUCCAGCGUCAGGUCUAAUGUGUGCAUGGCCAUUGCUGCGCAUGCGCAUUAGGUCUCCCCUGCCAGCUGACGGCAGGGGAGGAGCGUGGGCGGAGCUUGACCCAGUGCCAAGGGACAUCGGCGCUGGAUUCAGGUAAGUAGCUAAAGGGGUUUUAACCCCUUCAGCGACAUGGGAUGGGGGGCGGGAAGGGGGCGGGGUAUUCCAGGAUUGUCUAGUGCCAGGAAAACGGGUUUGUUUUGCUGGCACUGGAGAAUCCUUUUGAGGUCUGCCUGCUGCUAUGUAGAGCACAUAGGGCAAUGCUUUGAUUGCCCUGUGUGAAUCUGCAAGAGUAGGCAAUUUAGGUUGAACAACAGUUGGUCAGAUAACAGUAGAAUCUGACCAAACACAACUGCUCAACCAGAUAGAAGAAAGUAAAAUUUUCUCAAGAAAAGGUAAAUAUGCAUCAUUUCACUUGGAUGCUUCCUAUAGGCUGGCCUAGCUGAGCCUAGAAAUACAUUUUUGUGUGCAAAAAUUACUGUUUGUAAUAUUAACUACUGUGUAAAGUUUAUCUAUAAUACCCUAUGCUGAACAUAAAUGUCUUCAUUUUUUACUUAUUGGUGAACAUAAUAUUUUUGGUUUUGAAUUUACUGGCUCUAUUUGUUGUGUGUACGUGGUGUUAAAGGAACACUGUGGCGUUAGGAAUACAGACGUGUAUUUUUUACACUAUUGUGUUCUAGUACAUAUUUAGAUUUCUGAUCCCUCCUAAAUGAAUUCAAAAACAUAACUUUUACUUACCUUGUUUCUAGUGCUGAGACUCUGCCUACACCGCCACCUGUGUUUUCUUCAUGCAGCCUGACUGCUCUUAGUCUUUUCAUCCAUUCCAAUGCUUCUCAUAGAGAAUCAUUGAAUCCAAUGUUUCUCUCUGAGUACCAAUAGAGGACGUUCAACUUUUGAAAUGCAUGAGGACUUUGAACGUCACAGAACAGUCGGGCUUGAUUGUAGAAGUGGAAGCAUCUUCUAGUGCAGUGGUUUCCAAAUCAGUCCUCAAAGCACACCUACAAAUGCAUAAUUUAGGGAUUACCCAGUUGUGUCAAGGUGCUUUUUCUUUCUUUCUAAAAUAUCCUUAUUCAAAACUGGGUAAUCCCUAAAUCCUGGACUGGUAGAUGUGCUUUGAGGACUGUUUGGAACCCACUGCUCUAGUGUCUGUCAGAAAGAUGGCUAGUAGAGGUGUGGUUACUUUCCAGGACCAUACAAUAGGGCCACUGCACCCAGACCAUUUAAUUGAGAUAUAGUGGCCUGGAUAACCUAUAGUGGUCCUUUUAAGAGUAUACAAUUUACUUGUUUGACAUUUCUUAUUCUUUCUUGCAGUUCUCAAAGUCAAAGAAUCCACUGCGCACCUUCAAAUACACACGGGGCAAGAAGGGACAGUCCAAUGUCCGAAAAAGCGCAGCAAAAUCCUGAGUAUGGGGUAGGCUGGAAUGCACAAGCAUUCCAGUUGCACCCACCUCUUGUAGAGGGAAGUAAAUUAUAAUAAAUAUGGGAAUGGUCAUUGAGACAACCUUCACACAGCCAUGGAUUGGUCUUUACAUCUGAGGGAGGCAUGAAAACUAACCUGCUCCUAUUUCUUAGAGGAAAGUGUUUUUACUUUUGGUCUCAGUCGCUGUCCUGUUGUACUUCAUGUAGGUUAUAUAUCAGUCUGCUAAACCUCACAACUGUUACACCACUCAGAUUAGCACCCUCUAAAUAGCCAUCUGUUUAUUUCUAGUGAGAGAUCAAUGCAGAGUGCCUUACAUUUCUUCCCUUCGGCUAUGCCUGUGCAGUGUCCCUCAUUCAGUCCUGGAGGAGAUGUGUUUUUGUCUUUAAAGUGUGUGUGUGUGUGUGUAUAUAUAUAUAUAUAUAUAUAUAUAUAUAUAAUUUUUUUGGCUUCUGAGAAAUGUGUGCAUGUUGCAGGUUUUUGCAACCAAGAUUUGAUAUCCUUCUCUGAAGCAUAAUACUUGUAAGUAAGCUUUAUUCCGUGAGCCAACAUUCAUGUGUUAUGGUAGCCAUGACUUGUAACUUUCUAGGAAAUACAAUUGUAUUUAUACAUUGUGUUGGUCACAUGAUAUCCUUCUCUGAAGCAUAAUACUUGUAAGUAAGCUUUAUUCCGUGAGCCAACAUUCAUGUGUUAUGGUAGCCAUGACUUGUAACUUUCUAGGAAAUACAAUUGUAUUUAUACAUUGUGUUGGUCACAU